UCUUAAUAUCUAGAAAUGAAUACAGAAAUAGAACAGCAGCUCCUCCACCAUGCCAGGAAUGGCAACACUGAAGAAGUAAGACAGCUAUUAGAAACCAUGGAGAAGAAUGAAGUGAUUGCUGAUAUCAAUUGUAAAGGAAGAAGUAAGUCUAAUUUCGGCUGGACACCUCUUCAUCUUGCAUGCUAUUUUGGACAUCGACAAGUGGUCCAGGACCUCUUAAAGGCUGGUGCGGAAGUAAAUGUCCUAAAUGACAUGGGAGACACGCCACUCCAUCGUGCUGCUUUCACAGGGCGAAAGGAGUUGGUUAUGCUUCUUUUAGAGUAUAAUGCUGAUACUACCAUUGUUAAUGGGAAUGGACAGACAGCAAAAGAAGUCACUCAUGAUAAAGAAAUCAGAAACAUGCUUAAAGCUGUAGAAAGGACUCAACAAAGAAAGCUUGAAGAACUCCUUUUAGCAGCAGCAAGAGAAGGCAAAGCAGCAGAACUCAUAGCUCUGCUCAACAGACCUAAUCCUCCUGAUGUCAACUGUUCAGAUCAGUUAGGUAAUACACCACUUCACUGUGCAGCUUACCGAGCUCAUAAGCAAUGUGCCCUUAAACUUCUAAAAAGUGGAGCAGACCCCAAUCUAAAAAACAAAAAUGAUCAAAAACCCCUUGACCUUGCCCAGAGUGCUGAAAUGAAACACAUUCUUGUUGGUCAUAAGGUAAUGUACAAAACACUGAAACGAUAUGAAGGUCCUCUGUGGAAGAGCUCAAGAUUUUUUGGCUGGAACUUAUUCUGGGUAGUAUUAGAGCAUGGAGUCCUUUCAUGGUAUAGAAAACAGCUUGAUGCUGUCCAUAAUAAUUAUCGCCAGGGAUGCAAGCAUCUUACUCACGCAGUAUGCACGGUAAAAUCUACGGAUAGCUGCCUCUUCUUUAUUAAAUGCUUUGAUGACAGUAUUCAUGGCUUCAGGGUUCCUAAGAACAGCCUUCAACAGUCAAGAGAGAACUGGUUGGAAGCAAUAGAAGAGCAUUCUGCAUAUAGCACUCACUACUGUUCCCAGGAUCAGUUCACUGAUGAUGAAGAGGAAGAUGCAGCUUCAGCUGGGGACUUUAAGGAGUCUUUAGAGAAAGCACAGACAUGCCAACAAAGACUCAAUAGGGAAAUUUCCAGCUUCCUUAAAAUGAUUAAGGAGUGUGACAUGGCUAAAGAAAUGCAUCCAUCAUUUCUUCAGAAAGUUGAAGUUGUUUCCGAAGCUUCUAGAGAAACCUGUGAAGCUUUGAAUGAUUGCCUAAAUCUGUUCACUAAACAAGAAGGGGUGAGGAAUUUUAAAUUGGAACAGGAGCAAGAAAAAAACAAAAUUUUGUCAGAAGCACUGGAGACCUUAGCCACGGAACAUCAUGAAUUAGAACAGUCUCUGGUUAAAGGCUCACCACCUCUCAGUGUCCUUAGUGAAGACGAAUUCUAUGAUGCGCUGUCAGAUUCCGAGUCUGAGCGGUCCCUGAGUCGACUGGAAGCAGUAACAGCACUCUCGGUUGAAGAGGAGGGAGAACAUUUGAGCGGGAGAAGACACAGAAUGUCUGAAGGAAAAGAUUGUGGUGGUGGAGAUGCUCUCUCCAAUGGCAUCAAAAAGCACAGAACAAGCUUGCCCUCUCCGAUGUUUUCCAGAAAUGACUUCAGUAUCUGGAGCAUCCUCAGAAAAUGUAUUGGAAUGGAACUCUCCAAAAUCACCAUGCCAGUUAUAUUUAAUGAGCCUUUGAGCUUCCUACAGCGACUCACUGAGUAUAUGGAGCACACAUACCUCAUUCACAAGGCCAGUUCAUUUUCUGAUCCUGUGGAAAGGAUGCAGUGUGUAGCUGCAUUUGCUGUCUCUGCUGUUGCGUCUCAGUGGGAGCGAACUGGAAAGCCUUUCAACCCCCUUCUGGGAGAGACCUACGAACUAAUUCGAGAUGACCUUGGUUUCAGACUCAUCUCUGAGCAAGUCAGUCACCACCCACCCAUUAGUGCAUUUCAUGCUGAAGGACUGAGCAAUGAUUUCAUCUUUCAUGGCUCCAUCUAUCCCAAACUGAAGUUCUGGGGGAAGAGUGUGGAAGCGGAACCCAAAGGAACCAUCACCUUGGAGCUCCUGGAACACAAUGAAGCAUAUACUUGGACAAAUCCUACCUGUUGUGUACAUAAUAUCAUUGUGGGCAAACUCUGGAUCGAGCAGUACGGCAAUGUGGAAAUCACAAACCACAAGACUGGAGACAAAUGUGUGUUGAAUUUUAAGCCAUGUGGUCUUUUUGGUAAGGAAUUGCACAAAGUCGAAGGCUACAUUCAAGAUAAGAGCAAGAAGAAGCUCUGUGCCCUUUACGGAAAGUGGACUGAAUGUUUGUACAGUGUCGACCCUGCCACUUUCGAUGCUUAUAAAAAAAAUGAUAAGAAAAAUACCGAAGACAAGAAGAACAGCAAACAGGUGAGCAGUUCUGAGGAGUCAGAUGAAAUGCCAAUGCCCGAUUCGGAAAGUGUAUUUGUUAUUCCUGGAAGUGUUCUCCUAUGGCGAAUAGCCCCACGGCCUCCAAAUUCUGCGCAGAUGUAUAAUUUUACUAGCUUUGCAAUGGUUUUGAAUGAAGUAGACAAGGAAAUGGAAAGUGUGAUUCCUAAAACAGACUGCAGGUUACGGCCUGACAUAAGAGCCAUGGAAAAUGGAGAAAUAGAUCAAGCUAGUGAAGAAAAAAAGCGGCUCGAGGAGAAACAGAGAGCAGCUCGCAAAAACAGGUCCAAGUCAGAAGAAGACUGGAAGACCAGGUGGUUCCAUCAAGGCCCUAAUCCCUACAAUGGAGCACAAGAUUGGCUUUAUUCGGGCAGCUACUGGGACAGAAACUACUUCAAUUUGCCUGACAUUUAUUAAAAUGCAGACAAGUCAGAGUGUUUGGCUACAAUUAAGUCUUAAACCUGUUUUUAGAUUUCCCCCCUCUUGAUUUCUACUCGUCUUUAAAACAAACAAACAAAAAAACUUCUGCGAUAACUUGCAUUUCACCCAACAAAAAAUUAGGGCCUACAAUGGUACUGGUGAUAAAAGUUAGAAAAAAAAUGUUGUUUUACUACCCAAAUAAAUUUGUUCCAAAUAAAGUCUUAUUUGGAAUACUGUUUUAUAUAGGGGGAAGAUAAACUGCUGGAGAAUAUGCUCUCCUGAUUGCAAUUGCCAUAAUUACUGAAGGUUUAUACCUAAAUACAACUACCUAAAUACAACAUUAGCAUUAUGGAAUUAUAUAGUGGUCCAAAAUCAAUUAAUUUUAAAUAUUUUUAUGCUGACAUGCUUGAAUGUUUUAGAUGUAACUUUGGAAUGUUUAGAAUUGUUUGCGCUCAAAUGUAGAGAAAGAGGGCAUUUUGUGAAGACUUACAUUAAUAAGAUGUUCUUCAUACUAAUUGUCUCAAAGUUACUACUUCCCACUCCCAAAAGAGAACAAGUCUUCAGAAUAGAUAUAACUGAUUUGAAAAUUCUGAAUAAACUGGAAAAGGUAUUUUAUUUGCUUAUUUUACUGCUUUGAAUUAGUUUGGUGUAAUCAAUGUGAUUAGAAUUAAAAGGUGUUCAAAUUGUAUGUUUAAGAAUAUGUAUAAAAUCUAGCAAUUUACAGAAAGCACCCUAGAAAAUAGAUUUUUAAUUGUUAUAUAAUGACCUCUUUAUAAAUGCUUCAACUUCCAGUGACAAGUACCACAGAGAAAUUAAGAUACAUUCAUAUAUAUGUAUUAUAAGUAUCAAGCUAUAUAAAAGGAGAUCUUGUGCAUUUGAAGUUUGUGAGGCACCUGUGUACUUAAAAUAUGUAUGGAGAUCUACUGUACAGUAGUAGCUUUGCCCCUUUAAUUGGGGUACUUUAAUCCUAUGGUAUUUAUCCUCUCAUUGCCAGACAGAUAUUUGCUCCUUAGGGUAGUUGCCAGUAAAUUUUGUCUUGAAGUUAACAAGUGUUAAAAUUUAAUCUGAUGCUAAAUAAAGGCUAUAGCUUACUCUC